UUAUGCUCACGAGCCAAUCAGCUUCUUGCACAGCUCUGAUGUCAUUGUGAUUUUUUAAAUUGCUUUAAGUUUUGGAAUGUCAGUCUGUUCCUUCUGAUCCAUAGAGAGGGGCCAUUGAGUGUGGAUCUCCAUCUGUCUUCUGGUGACAAAACCCAGGUAAUAUAGUGCAGACAACAGGAAUUCUGCAGAUGCUGGAAAUUCAAGCAACACACAUCAAAGUUGCUGGUGAACGCAGCAGGCCAAGCAGCAUCUAUAGGAAGAGGCGCAGUCGACGUUUCAGGCCGAGACCCUUCGUCAGGACUAACUGAAGGAAGAGACAGGAUGUGCACUCCCGCGGAGCAAACAGCCACCCAGAAAGCGCAGGAGGCCGACAAGCUGAUCGAGAAAAGCCACGAGGCCAAGGCCUGUUCUUACUCUCCGUACAGCAGGUUCCCGGUGGGCGCCGCUCUCCUGACCGAGGAUGGGAAGAUCUUCACAGGCUGUAACAUCGAAAACGCAAGCCUAACGGUGGGCAUCUGUGCCGAGAGAGUUGCCAUUCACAAGGCCGUGUCGGAAGGCUGCACCAAGUUCAAGUCCAUCGCUAUUGCCAGCAGCAGGGCCGAUGACUUCAUCACUCCCUGUGGAGCGUGCAGGCAGGUCAUGAGAGAGUUCGGAAUGAAGUGGGAGGUCCACAUGACGAAGCCCGAUAUGACUCGCAAGACGAUGACUGUUGAAGAACUCCUGCCCAUGUCCUUUGGGCCCGAGGACCUGCAGACCAAGUGACCCUGAGCAGACCUGGUGCGCAUGGAGUUCAGAGCAGAAAAUACAGUCUGGACACACGCUUUGUAUAAUUUUAAAUUAUAUUUAAUUCUGUUUGAAAUGGUGAUGUAUUUGUGAUGUUAUGGUUUUGAAUAUUUGAAAAGUUCUAGACACAAA